UGAAAUGAAAUAAAAUGUUGAAAAUAUUAAUUUUGUUGUUGUUAUUAUUAUUAUUAUUAUUAAAUAAAUGCAUCAUCAUAUCAUAUUGAUGAUGAUGAUGAUGAUAAUUAAUCACAAACAAGCAUAUCAAAAGUUAAACCUCUUAUUUUUUAUAAGAUAAGAUUAAUCAGGGGUAAAAAAUAAAAAAUACAUUUUAUUAUUUGUUGUUGAUAAAUUUAUUGAAAAGUAUUGCAUUUUAUAUCAGUAGACGAGUAUUAAUAACGAGUAUAUAUAUUCAAGUCAAGUAAAUAUCAGUAUCAAUAAUAGCAGCAAAUCAGCAGUAGCAACAUAAUAUAAUAAAUAAAAUGGCAAUGACCAAGUGUGCAAUUUUUAAUUUAAAAAACAUAAAAAUUCAAAUAAAAUCAUUAACAAGAGCAUCAUCAUCAUCGUCAUCAUUUUCACCAAGUACAAAACAAAAUGAAAUAAUAAAACGUGAUGAUACAUAUGGUGGACAUCAUUUUAAACCAUUACCAGUUGUAUUAGAAAAAGGACAUGGUGUUUAUUUAUGGGAUACUGAUGGUAAAAAAUAUAUUGAUUUUCUUGCUGGUUUUGCAACAUGUAAUCAGGGACAUUGUCAUCCAAGACUUGUUAAAGUUAUGCAGAGUCAAUGUGCAAAACUUCAUCAUACAUCAAGAGCCUAUUAUACUUCAUUGCAUGGUGAACUUGCUGAGUAUAUAACAAGAUUAUUAAAUUUUGAUAGAUUUAUACCAAUGAAUACAGGUGUUGAAGGAGGAGAUCUUGCAUUAAAAUUAGCAAGACAUUGGGCAUAUAAAAUUAAAAAAAUACCAAAUAAUAAAGCCACAAUAUUAUUUGCAAAUAAUAAUUUUUGGGGACGUUCAUUGGCAGCAAUAUCAGCAUCAACUGAGCCACUUAGUUAUACUGAUUUUGGUCCAUUUAUGCCAAAUUUUGAAAAAAUACCAUAUGAUAAUCUUGAUGUACUUGAAGAAAAAUUAAAAAAUAAUGAAAAUAUUUGUGCUUUUAUGGUUGAGCCAAUACAGGGUGAAGCUGGUGUUAAAAUACCAAAAGAUGGUUAUUUAGAGGGUGUACGUAAACUUUGUACAAAAUAUAAUGUAUUAUGGAUAGCAGAUGAAGUACAAACUGGCUUAGGAAGAACUGGUUAUCGUCUUGCAGUUGAUUAUGAAAAACAAAAACCAGAUAUAUUAAUUUUGGGUAAAGCAUUAUCUGGUGGAAUGUAUCCUGUAUCUGGUGUAUUAUCAAGUAAUGAGAUUAUUGAAAAUUUAAAAGCUGGUACUCAUGGUAGUACAUUUGGUGGUAGUCCUUUAGCAUGUUCUGUUGCAUUAGAGGCAUUGAGAAUAAUUGAAGAAGAAAAUUUAACAGAUAAUUCAAAUAAACUUGGUAUUAUUAUUAAAAAAGAACUUGAAAAAUUACCAAAAGAUAUUGCAAUUGAAUAUCGUGGACGUGGUUUACUUGGUGGUUUACUUAUAAAUGAUAAAUUUGCUGAUGGAUGGAAUGUUUGUUUAAAAUUACGAGAUGCUGGUUUAUUAACAAGACCAGCACAUGGACAACUUAUUCGUAUAUCACCACCACUUGUUAUUAAUGAACAACAAUUACGUCAAGGUCUUGAUAUUAUUAAAACAACAUUAUUAAAUUAUAAUUAAUCAUCAAUAUGUUUAUUUUUUUUAUGUCGUUUUAAACUAAAUGCUUGUGUAAAAAAUUCAUUACAUAUUAAACAUUUAAAUGAUUUAUAAGAUGAUGAUGAUGAUGAUGAUGAUGAAUUAUGUAUUGUACUUGUAUGUCUAUUCAAGUGUGAUAAUAAUUUAAAUGUUUUAUCAUCACAUAAUUUACAUUUAUAUGGUCUUGAUGAAUUGUGUAUAACUUGAUGAUUUUUUAAAUGACUUGAUUGUGUAAAUGUUUUAUGACAUAUUAAACAAUUAAAUGGUUUUAUUUUAGUAUGUGUACGUAAAUGUUCAUUAUAAUUACUCUUUUCAAUAAAUUUUUUAAAACAA